AAUCACUGUUGUGCUUCCAACGUGGGACCACACCGACCUACCAGAAAAAAAGGAAAAGUACACUAGAGGACAAAACUCAUGGUGGCGGUACACGGUCAAAAGAAGGGGAAUCUUAUUUCUCCCCAAUACUAUUACUCAGUUUUUUUGACUGUAGUCUGCAAAUGCUAAAGUGCCGAUCGGGUUCUCUCUCAGAAGUUUGAGGUGCUUUUCAAAGUUGGAUUUAAACAGACUGAGAUUUGGACGCUAUGCCUCGCUUUGCUUGAGACCAACACUGGAGUCAUUUUACGGUGGACAAAGUUUUUACCUCAACUUUAACUCUGCGGUGGACGUUGAACGACGUUGACAUAAGUCACUUUUGAAGCUAAGUUAAAUUUGCAAGUUGUGUGGUUGCAUUUCCUAUGUUUACAGUCACACACUGUGCCCUUUAAAGGUCUUUUUAAAAAUUUGACUUUUGCAAACAUGUCACAAAGUUGGUGGUCAAGCAGAUAAUGUGACGUUAAAUGUUACAUAGACUUUUAAUUGUGAAAAUGGAGUCGUAAGUGCAAUACUGACCUUUAUCUGAACAACCUGUGAAUCAACUUUGAUUCGAAGCGCACGUCGGACAUCGAGGAUAAAGUUGCACCUCUAUUCUCAAAUGACUUUUAACUUGCCACUUGCGCAUUUGCUAUCGAGUGGUCUUUAAAUUUAAGUUUGAAUAUGCUUUAAAGUGUGUUCAAUCAAUUUUAACGAGGCUGCACUUCCAGUUUGCGGGUUCGAGGGGAGAACUCAGCGGCUGCGCUCUUAAAACUGGAUACAAAAUGGCGGCGUCCUCGGGACGUUUUGGAUUUUCUUCUCGUUGUGUUUUUUAUUUAUUUUUUUCACUCGAACUUUUUAUCACCGAUGGAUUGAGUUCGGAGUUGCAGUGUGCCCAAAAUUGUACCUGCAAUGGAGAUUCAGUGGAUUGCAGUAAUCUGGAGCUGACGACUCUGCCGGUUGAUCUGCCUGUCCGGACGGUUUCAUUAAAUCUUGGUCACAACAAGCUGAUUGCCAUCAACGUAGAAGUGUUAGACAACCUAACCAAUUUACGAGAAUUGCGGCUGGACCACAAUGAGCUGACCUCCAUACCAGAAUUAGGACAAGCAGCUUCCAAAAUUGUAGCACUCUACCUACAUCAUAACAAAAUCCGCACUAUUGAAGGCAUAAGGAUGAGAGACCUGGUUUCAUUGGAAACAUUGGACCUGAGCAAUAAUGAGAUCACUGAACUACGAGGGCACUCCUUUCCUGCUGGCCUCCAGAUUAGAGAUCUGUACCUAAGCAACAACAAGAUCAACACAUUAGAGCUGGGAGCACUGGACCAUCUCGGCUCUACUCUCCAGGUCCUGAGAUUGAGCCGAAACCGAGUCAGUCAGAUUCCAAUGAGGGCAUUCCAGCUCCCAAGGCUCACCCAGCUUGAACUUAACAGGAACCGUAUCCGUCAGGUAGAGGGUUUGACUUUCAAGGGUCUUUCCAACUUGGAGGUGCUUAAACUACAAAGAAAUAGCAUCAGCAAGCUGACCGAUGGUGCUUUCUGGGAUCUUGCUAAAAUGAAAGUCCUACACCUGGACUACAACAGCCUGACUGAGGUCAACAGUGGCUCCCUGUAUGGCCUAGUUUCACUUCAGCAGCUUUUCCUCAGUAACAACUCAAUAACCCGCAUCAAUCCUGAUGGCUGGAAGUUCUGUCAGAAGCUGAGGGAACUGAAUCUGUCGUAUAACAACCUGACUCGUCUGGAUGAAGGCAGUCUGGCUGUGCUUGGGGAGCUGCACGCUCUCCGUCUGGGGCACAACUCAAUAAGUCACAUUGCUGAGGGAGCCUUCAGAGGCCUGAGGGCUGUACGCAUCCUGGAGCUGGACCAUAACGACAUUUCAGGCACAAUAGAGGAUACCAACGGGGCCUUCUCUGGAUUGGAUAGCCUCAACAAGCUAACUCUAUUUGGAAACAAGAUCAAGUCUGUGGCGAAGAAAGCUUUUGCUGGUCUAGAGACUCUGGAGCAUCUGAAUUUGGGCCAGAAUGCUAUUCGCUCCAUCCAGCCUGAUGCUUUGAGCAAGAUGAAGAACCUUAAAACUCUUGUAAUCCAAAGUGACAGUUUCUUGUGCGACUGCCAGCUUCACGGGCUGCCUGAGUGGUUGGUAACCCAUGGUUUACAGAGUGGUGUUAAUGCUACAUGUGCCCACCCUGACAGCCUUAAGGGUACCAGUGUAUUUCAGGCUCCAUCCAGCAGUUUUGUCUGUGAUGACCUUCUCAAACCCCAGAUCACUGUUCAGCCAGAAACCAGUUUCGCCGUUCUCGGCAGCAACGUGCGUCUCACUUGUACGGCCGCAAGUAGCAGCUCUUCCCCAAUGACCUUCGCUUGGCGCAAGGACCAGGAGCUGCUUCGACACGCCGAGACGGAGAACUUUGCCCACGUGCGCGCUCAACAAGAGGACCCCACUUCCGACAGAACGGACGUGAUGGAGUACACAACUAUCCUGCAUUUGCGGCGCGUCACCUUCGCACACGAGGGGCGUUACCAAUGCAUCAUCACCAACCAUUUAGGCUCCACUUACUCCAGCAAGGCCCGUCUCAUUGUCAUUGUGCUUCCAUCCUUUGUGAAGACUCCCAGGGACAGCACCAUCAGGACGGGCCACAACGCCAGGCUGGAGUGCGCCGCCGAGGGCCACCCAGCUCCGCAGAUCGCCUGGCAGAAGGAUGGCGGCACGGACUUCCCUGCCGCCCGCGAGCGCCGAAUGCACGUUAUGCCUCACGAUGACGUGUUUUUCAUCAUGGAUGUCAAGUCGGAAGACAUGGGUGUCUACAGCUGCACGGCCAAAAACACAGCGGGAACUGUGUCUGCUAACGCCACGCUGACUGUACUUGAAACCCCCCACUUGGCGCAAGAUCUUGAGGAUCGUAACGUGGUAGUGGGUGACACGGUGGCCCUUCAGUGCAAGGCGUUGGGAAGCCCUCCACCCCGAAUCACGUGGCUGCACAACGACCAGCCCGUGCACCCCACCGAUCGUCAUCACUUCACUCCCGGAAACCACUUGUUGGUCAUUGGCGCCGCAUCCCUGGAGGAUGCCGGCCGAUACACUUGCCUCAUGUCCAACACACUGGGCACGGAGCGCGCUCACAGCCAGUUGCUGGUUACUCGGCGCCGCGGCCCCUGCGUCCCGCCGGCGGGCCUGAGCACGGUCACAGUAGGAAUUGUCGUCAUCGCCGUGGUGACGAGCAUCGUGGUCACCUCCCUGGUGUGGGUGUGCAUCAUCUACCAGACAAGGAAAAAGAGCGAAGAUUGCAGCGUCACAAACACAGACGAGACGAUCGUCCCUCCCGAUGUGCCGAGCUACCUCUCCUCUCAGGGAACUUUGUCAGAAAGGCAGGACGUGUGUAUCCGUGUCGAGUCUGCUGGCGGACAGCAGCCAAAUGGACACGUCGUCGACUCGACAGGUUUUGACGCUGCGGUCUUGUGCACAGACUGUUUGGAGAGCAGCGAACACUACUCCAAAGACCCGGACUAUCAGGCGCACAGCUUCGCCCCAGCAAGUCUUACGGAGUACCAGCAGCACCCCGCUCCUCCUCCCUAUUCUCAGUGUCACCCCGGGGAGCGCGCGCCCCCUCUCCGCAACGGGAUUCCAAAGGACGCGCAAAGCUUUUCCGACAAAGGCGACGUGCUGCGAGCGAAUCUGUGCGAUAAAAAAGCAAGCAGAACGGGGGGACCAGCAUCUGUUUACGCGUCGCAGGAGGAUUCUUUUCACCCUCCAGUGAAGCUGUCGAGCCGAGGACGUGUCGACGGCGAGUACGAGCCCGAACUCAGGCAAUCCCUGCUGUCCAACGGACACUCCCUUAGAGACUCGCCUGAUCCGCGCACCCCCCACGAGGAGAGCCAGCGACUAGCGGCGGACUCGCCGUAGCCGCACAGACUUUUUAGUUGUCUUUUCUUUGCACUGGGAAAUAAACUGCUACCUCAUAUCGAGGCCAAGCGGAGGGGCGUCCGGAGUUUGAAGGCGGAGCUUGUGUGGGUGGCGUCCCAUCUGAGCGUACGUGCUGUACAUAGUUUUAAAAAACCUUCUGUUGGGAGGUGACCACUAAGAAUUCUAGCUCCAAAAAAUGUGACUUGCAUUUGAAGCAAAUAGGUAGGGAACCAUGUACAGUAUGUGAAAGUGCUGGGACAUCAGACUGUACAUAAGAGUUUUCUUAUUAUAUAUCUUUUACAAAAGAGUAUUUGGAUUUAUGUGCAUGACAAAGAAAGGAGUGAUAGUAUUUUUAUUCAAAACAAAAGGAAAAAAAAAAAACUUUUUCAGCUUUUACCAACAGUCAGCUGCGGUGCCUUAUUGCAUGGUCAUAGGAAACAUUGUCGACACUGGUACACUAUUGCAAACGGAACACUUGAUUGCACUUGAAUGUUUUCUUUUCUCUGAACUGAUAUCACAGCCAAAUGACUAUUUCAUUAUUCAUGCAUGUUGUAUGAAGGACAAGCUUUUAGUGUCAAUGAGGUUGGUGUGUCGGUUUUUGGAAGAUGCCAACAAAAGCACUUGUUUGCUCUUUUGGCAGUCACAAAAUGUCUGUCAGCAGGAUAUUCUCAAGAAUCGUGAAUAUUUGGGUCACCAGCAGCUCUAAAUGCCAUCAUCUGGAUGUCGUUUCAAGCUACGCUCAUAUCUACAGCUUCCAAACACAGCAACUGUUUAUUGUGUUACUGCUGUAAAGUGAAUCAACACACAACAGCCAAAUGCCAUCUGUGACCCUAUCGGGGUAAACUAGGACACCCACACAUCCCUGGAUGGCAGCAAUAACCGGUUACCAUUGCAGUCAACGUAGAAGGGAAAAGGGACAAACUAAAGGUGUUGUUCAACAUUAACUUAUUAAAACACAUUGAAUGUCAGCGUUACAAGAUGGCGAGUGUCUGCUACGGUAUUGAAGUGUAAUAAAAUCACAUUUGGCUUUACACGUUUGAUCCCCGCUGGUUUUUCUAAACAGAAAGAAAGGUGUGUUUUGUUUUGAGUCACACGGUCGACAGCCGAGUUGGUGUUUAAGCACAGAUCACAUGUCCUGCUGGUUAUGGAGGAGUCAUCAAUACAAAUGGAGCAUGCACAGCAGACAUGGAACCGAAAGACCUUGAUGUUCAAAGCACACACAAAUACACACGUGUGUAGCUGAUUUUCCCAACUGGAAUGUCUCCUAAAGUUCCAAAGACAGCAGGCAUUUUCCCCAUCUUAUGCGGGCUGUUUAAAAUAUUAGCAACACAGUCAGAGCUGACCGGGGGUUGGCCAACGCGCAUUCCAGAUGGAAGUUGACCACUGGAGGACUGAAGCUCCCCAGACUCCGGAGUCCACCAAUCACACGACAACCAUUGUUGUCCAACAACCUGGUGAAAAGCUGCAUGACAAAUAUUCCCACCUACAUGGCAUGUGUCGUUCGUAUAACCCCCCCAUCCGUCCCAAACACACACACACACAC